AUUAUAUUUCAGAGCAUCCUGUUUUAUGGAGAGCACGAACUGUCUUGUCAGCCAAUCACAGGUGUGCGUUUCUCACCGAUCUGCUCAUACUUCCACUCCAUAUCACACCAGCUAUAAAACUCCUCGCUCCUCAACCUUUGUACGGUGCGUUAGCGUCAGUGUUCAUCCCGAGUCCGCGCUCCUCACCGCUCAUUCAGCAUGGACCGCUCGGCCGCACCGUGGACAUUUCGGAUUUGUAUCGUAGCUCUCCUGAGCUGCGGGGUCGGGGCUCUGCCGACAAGCAAAGUAACAGAGUAUGAUGUAGAUGGUGGAAAAGAGGAUCUAUUUGCAGUCAAUCAAGCGGCUGGACUCGACCUCUUUGAGGGAGAUAUUUUAUAUGAUGAGGAACAAGUGAGGAACUCCUUAAUUGGGGAUCAGUACCUAUGGCCCACCACUGUGCCGUACUAUUUUGAAGACGAUUUGGAUAUUAACGCCAAAGGUGUUAUUAUGAAGGCGUUUGAACAGUAUCGCCUGAAGACCUGCAUUGACUACAAACCCUGGAGUGGAGAAAAGAACUACAUCUCUGUGUUUAAAGGCAGCGGGUGUUUCUCUUCUGUGGGGAACCAACGUAAGGGAAAGCAGACCUUAUCCAUCGGAGCAGGAUGUGACCGAAUCGCCACCAUUGAACACGAGUUCCUUCAUGCGCUGGGGUUCUGGCACGAGCAGUCACGUGCCGAUCGUGACGACUACGUCACCAUCAUGUGGGAUCGCAUCCAAGCAGGCAGGGAGCACAAUUUCAAUAAAUACGACGACACGACUUCAAGCUCCCUGAACGUACCUUAUGACUACGGUUCCAUGAUGCACUACAGCAAGACUGCCUUCCAGAACGGCACCGAGCCCACCAUCGUCACCAAGAUUCCCGCCUUCAGCGACGUCAUCGGCCAGCGCAUGGAGUUCAGCGACAGCGACCUGCUCAAGCUGAACCGGCUUUACAACUGCACAAGACCCACAACUUUCCUGGACACCUGUGACUUUGAGCUGGAGAAUAUUUGUGGUAUGAUCCAAGGUCAGGGUGAUAACACAGACUGGGAACGUGUCACCAAGGCAACUGGUGGACCCGACACAGACUAUUCCAACAUGGGACGCUGUACUGGAACAGGCUACUUCAUGCACUUCAGCACAGUCAGUGGCAGUGAAGGGCACACUGCUCUGUUAGAAAGCAGGCUGCUCUACCCUAACCGCAACUACCAAUGUCUACAGUUCUUCUACUACCACAGUGGGAACCCCAAUGAUAAGCUGGAGAUCUGGGUGAGAGAAUACGAUGAAGCCAGCCCUAGCGGAACACUACGCAUGAUCGAGACAAUAACUGGACUGCCCGAGACGUUAUGGCAGCUACACCAUGUAAGCCUAAAUGUCUCCACAAAGUUCCGUGUGGUAUUUAAAGGCACAAAGGGUGCUGGAAGCUCCACAGGUGGGCUCUCUUUGGACGAUGUCAAUCUUUCUGAGACCACCUGCCCAGAACAUGUGUGGCGGAUCAAGAACUUCAAAAGUAUUAUGGAAAACACACCAAGAGGCACUGCUAUAUACAGCCCACGCUUUCGUUCAAAGUAUGGAUACACCUUCCAGAUGGGCUUGUACCCCAAUGGCACGGAGACUUCCGAGGACAUGGGAGCCUAUGCUUCUCUGACAUCUGGCGAUGACGUGAUCGAUGGUGAUCUCACUUGGCCUUGCCCAUGGAUGCAGAUUACUAUGAUGCUAAUGGAUCAGAACGCGGACAUCCGCAAACGCAUGUCCAACCAGAGAAGUGUCACAUCUGACCCCAAUCAGAAAGUAGAAGGAUCUACAAUGUUUUCAUGGGACAACCCACGAAAAGUUGGAAUGGAAGUAACAGAUGGGGAUGGCACUAAAUACUUCAGAGGACCAGGAUUCGGAACAUCUGUAUACCUGACUCAGGCCAGAGCACUCAGCAGAGAAUUUAUCAAGGGUGGAGAUGCCAUCUUCCUUCUCAGCAUGGAAGAUAUCUCGCACUUGGUUUCUUCUCAGCCCCUCCCUCCUACAACCCCUACUGAUGAUCUAUGCGCCUUGAUAAAAUGUGAAAAUGAUGGAGUGUGUGUGAUGGACGGUGUAAAAGCAGCCUGCAGGUGUGUCGUAGGUGACGACUGGUCGUACUACGGGGACAGAUGUCAGUUUAAGAGUUCGAUCCAAGAAGGUGUGGUGACGGCAGUCGUGUCCACAGUUGUGGUCUUUGUCGUCAUGUUGGUGGUGAUUGUAGUGAUCGUGGUGUGCCUGAAGAAGAAGUAUAAGAAGAAAAUGAAUGACAUGGGGGGCGGGACUACCACACAAAACAACUAUGCAAGUUAACAGCACAAGGAAUCAUGUAAUCGGUAACGGUACUGGCAAUAUAAACUUGUGUGUGUAUAUAACAAGAAGAUUUCCAUGUCAUUUAAAUCUCAAGCAAAAUAAAACCGUUCCCAUUUUCA